AUGACAGAAGAAGUGAGAGAACCCCCCACUAUCACUGCUUUUGGUUCGGUUCGAACUGUGGAUACGGUUAAUUCGGGACAUUAUAGGCUAUCAAGAAAGACGUCUCUUCAUUAUCAGGACAUUAAAAUUAAAAUUAAAUCGACUAGAAAUAAAUUAUUUAAACAUGACCAGAAUCAACAGAUUAUUAGCACCACCACGCCGGUAAAUUCUCCACCCCCUCCGGAGGAUAGUAGUGCUGCAAAAGCUAUUAGUGUUCCAAAGGUUAGUAUUAAUCCUCCAAAAGUCAACGAGAAAGGGGACAAUGUUAUUAUACUAGGAUCUACGGGGCUAACUGGUUCUCAGGUUUUGAAGGGAUGCAUGGCUCCAUGGACCAGUGGGGUCUUGUAUGAUCUGAAGUUGACCAAGAAUAUCUGGUGUUUCAAUAGAAGACUUAAAACUGUCGACUUUAGCAUAUCGAAGUUACCACCAACAUGGACGGCUGUGGUAAAUUAUGGGGGAGAGCCACAUAUUAUUAGGAAAUAUGACCUUAAAAUAAAGCAGCAUAUCACUGAAAUUGGUAAAUUGGACGGCCUAGAAUUUCAAUGGGAUCAGUUUGAUUGGGAAUUGAAAUUGCCCACUGAUGAAGUGAAGAAUGUCACCGUAAAUGUUUUUCAGAUCAUUCAAAAUGAUUCAAAGAAGUGGGAUAAAACAUUCUCAGAACUAUUCACAGGAAAUCGCAAGCCCCUUAAUGACCGUAUCGAAGUGUAUUUGCCAUCAAUAGAUCAGGUCGAGACUUUAAUAUCUACCCUUGGGUCAAGUUCUUGGGAGUCACGCAAAAUGAAAACUCCACGAUCCUUUGUGGACUACACUUUAAACAUGGAUAUGGCCAAGGUUUUCGCACCAGACCAAAAAAAGAGUUUGAUAAAACAUAUGGUGAUUGUAACAAGUUUCAACAAUUUAGCAUUAGGAGUUUUAAGCCCUUAUUUUAGGACAAAGCAGAAAUUAGAAAACGAUUUAACAUAUGACGUUCCGGGAUUAACGCACUUAACAAUUCUAAGACCCGGUCCACUAAUUGGUCAGCACGGGAAACAAAUAAUAUUAGCACCACAGUUGCCAGUGGGAAGUGGAGUCCUCUACAAGUGCUACGCGUGGAAGAGGUCGCUUCUUAAAGCAAAACUUCACUGGCUUUCUCAAGUGAAAGAUGUGGGCCCAUCAAAAAAAGUCACCGAGUUGAUUGCCAAAGCAACUUACCAUCUACCAGGCAAUUGGAUAGUAGGCUAUUCCAUCCCCUCUUCAAAAGUCGCUCGAAUAGCGGCAAAAGAAGCCAUGACUAAACGUAACUUAGCUCGCAAUGACUCUGAUGCCUUGGUUGUUGAAGUUACACUUUGGUCCAGCCAGGAAAUGGAUCGCGCCCUAUCAGGAUCUGUAGCCUUGUGA